CAUGACCACCUGCACCUGCAUCUUCAACACCACGUCCAUGCUUCACUAUGGUCAAUUGAGCUUCGACAAAUGCCUCUACUGGUUGCGCGACAAUGGCCAGUCUUGAGGCGCGCCGCUGCCGCCGCUCGUCCUCUGCGCUGUCCCUCAAUCAUACCGGAUAGACGCGCAAACUUCGAUCAAUUCAAAGCAUACCACGCACCCAUUCGUCGUCACUGGGGCAUAAUUGUACCACCGUCUGUGGGAUCCCAUCCACACGAUCUUGUUAAGCAUAUCACUCCUCCACCACUGGACGUUGCCCGUCAAAGGACCUUCUGUGUCUUCUUUGUCACGCCUUCGUAUGCGCACUAUUUACUGGACGAUGACGCUUUCCUCCGCAACGCUCUUCUGCAGGCUUACGAAAAUGCGGCCGACAUACCGGAUCUCCAAAUACAUGCACUGUGUGCUGUCGUAGACAAACUUCCCGUCAGCAGGAUAGGGGAGAAGAACCCUACUCAGCCGCCUCUUGCUGGAGCCGGGUUUGAAGGAAUAUCCUACGCGAUUCUUCCGUCCGAUACUUCCGUACCGUCUCAAGAACUAUCGCCAUCGGACAAGAGUGCUAUCGAUUUCAUAUUUGCCGAACACAACGUCGAGGACACCGUCUAUCGUGACACAUUGCGAUUGCCUCUUGCGAAUACUGUCUUCCAGACAGGUACGCCAUCCACCAUGAUCCUGUCGACUUGGACCCUAGAUGCAAAUCGUCAAAUAACUCCUGUGUCCAAGACCAGCAUUUCUCAUCAUGGAAUCCGCUUAGUCAAGCAACAGAAGGACUCUGCUGCCGCUCUCCACGUUCCAUUAAUUCCACUGACAAUGCCCCGCAUAGUCAACGGCUGCAUGGGCAACAUCAUCCGCAGGGUUAUCGGGCCUGACGGUAAAUCUCUACAGGCAUCGUCGGAACUUGAGAAUGUUGUUCCCAGAUUCUUCAAAUCGCGAGGACAGCCUGCGCAAGCGACUGCAGCUUGGGCACUAGUGAUACCCGAUGAGCUGAGGGCCGUUAUCGCCGCUCGAACAGAUGAGAUCCUCUCUAGCUUGCCAACAGACAAUCAAAGUCCGGUCUCCGAGCACGCAAAUGCAUGGGAGCGUCUAUGGCGCAGUGAUCCUCCUCUCUAUAAUACGCUGGUGUCGCAAGCACUCACUGAGGGAGCACGUCUCCAUCGAGUCUUGAGUGGUGGAGGCGGAUGGGGAAAGAAAGCUGGCUUAUUAUCGUUGGAUCCUGCACCGGCCAUUCCAGCUGCGGACCCGUCAAAGGAUGACGAUUUCUUCAGCAUGAUCAGUGAUCCCCAAGACUUCGAGUCAACUCUUACGCCAGUGGUGCGAGACGGUGACUCGAUACAGUUCUUCAUCUCUCCGAAAUCAGAUCUUGAACAGUUGGCUCAAAAGUCCGGUCACAGAGGGACGAUCAGAUCGGCUGCAUUUGGGAAAAAGAUCAAUUGGGGCUGGGAGGUGGGCACAAUUCCUAGCACGGUGGACUCGAUCCCUGGGGAGUUGUCGCAACACAGUGAGAUUAAAGGGGACAAAAUAUUGAGCUUUCGUGGCUUUGGUGCGCUGAGUGAAGGAGCGAUGACGCUUACACAGCACGCUCGGGUAGAUGAAGGCAGGCUCCACAGCGUCACUACUACGGUCGAUGUUCCCUUUUCUCGUUUCCGGACGAUACGUAAAGAUGGAGCUACGCCUGAUGACAAGAACGAGGACGAGGACUCAAUUCAUGAGCCAAAUACACCGAAAUAUGUGCCAUCCAUCCGUGCGCAAGUGCCGACCCCCGAGGUCCCAGUCGCUGUACCCGAACUCUCUAACGCAGUGGCCCUCAAAGAGCCAUCGCGACCCCCUCCAAGACUGACAGUAGCUGAAUUGGUCCGCAAACUCAAAAUAGAAGGCCAAUCUACUUCCGGUCGGCUCCGUGUUCGGACAGCGAACGCAAUAUUGCGCAGAUUCGAGAAGUUCUUCGAUCAACACAAGACGAAGCAUACAGCUGUCAUGUCAGAAAUUCGACAGCGCCACUGUCUAUUGAUGGCUGUGAGGUUCAGGACGCUUAUGGUCGAUGCAACGGAUCUGAUGGAAGAGGCUGAUUCCAUUUUGGACGGCGUCAAUCGCAAACUUGUGAGAAGGGUUCCCGCUAAGGAGAGAGAGAAGUCAAAGACCGAGAGGCUAGAGAGGAACGCGGAGAAGAGGGAGAAGAAGAGGGCGCAGAAGGCUGAAAAAGCGGCACAGGAAGAAAAGCGUGCUAGGAGAAAGGUCAUGACGAACGCGGUGUUGCCAACAGCGACGGGUGCGCCAAUCCGCAAGUUUGCCUCCUAUGGAAUGUCUACAGCAGCCGAGAUCAACAAGAGACUGCAGCCUGCCGUCUCUGAAGUCUCCCGUCUGACUGAAGAGGCGAGAGCUAUCAUGGCUGCUAUUCAACACACCAAACCACACAUCCGCAGAAUGCCCGUCUCAAAGCUGGCAACAGCCCAAGCCUUCAACCAAACGCUAGGUUACGCCGUUCAAGAGAUCCUCCGUCUGACGGAGGAAGCACGCACUAUAAUGAUCACCAUCCGGCAACGCAAACGACAAUACAGACGGCAACGCACCCAGCAAACUCGGCGCCGCAGGCGCAUUCGACGCGUCAGCCCGCCUGUACACAUUGUGCGCUACCCGUCUCGGAGCUGGAUGGUGCGGAAGAAGACUGUGCCUGCGUUACCGAAAGGUAAACGGUCCGAGGGAAUCAGGACAGUGAUGCAGCGGCAGCCGGGAUUCAGAGCAGCGACCCAACGGCAGUCAGUAAUACAAGAGAGGAAACAGAAAAGAGAUGAACUUGCGGCUACGGUGGCGUCUUGGCUCGGUGGCGGUGGGAGUACUAGUAACGAUUAAAGCGGGCUUGAAUCCUUGCUUACCACUGCGGAGAACGAUGAAAGGAGGGACAGGAGGGGUGGGCGGAGGCGACGGAGUUGAGUGGAUGUGGAGGAUUGUUGAUAAAGAGUGAGGAUGUAAUUGCAAGAUGAUGUAUAACUACUUCUAGGAGAAUGAAGACUACAUUAAUAUCGGUGCUCGAGAAACUCAUUGCAGGUACGCAUACCCCAUCCUCAUCUUUGUGUACCGCAUGCAAAGGAUACUUCCACGGGUCAUCUCAUCUCACGU